AUGUUCACCAUGAGUUUCGAUUGUAACUAUCAUUGUGACCCAGACCCCCGCCCAUGUCCGCGAAUCCGACAUUCACGUUUGUGCCACGGAAAGGGCACUAACUUCAUGUGCAUUCUAUUUACGCGCGUUUGGGCAAAUUUAAUCUUUUUCUUUUUUCUGAUCAUCAUGCAGAAUAAAGGCGAUCACCUCGUCUCCCCUAUCACAUCUACUUCCCCCCCGUUGAUGUGUAUGUUAUCUCCUUCUUCCUACUAUCGCGAGUGGCUAUUUCAGAAGAACUUUUUCCAGCGGGCGGUGGGGCCGGACCUAAAGUAUGCAUGGAUGCGCCAGCUCAGUGUGAUCGUGGUUCAUCCUGUUUCUGUGCUGAGCAAUGGCGGGCUUCCGAAGAUGCGACAUCAACAUCACCCAUAUCCGCAAUGCUUCUACCUGUGCUCAAUGUCACGUCACAACUCUUUAAUGCCGAAGACCUAUUUUCAGGUCAGCUUACGUGUGUUGGUAAAAAUGGUAGGUGGUGCCCCUUAUGUUUUUCAUAUUGACCAGCAACAAGCACAACCGCUCUCAUGUCCUUGCUCUUUUUUACACGACACGAGCGCAUCUACUGGCGUUAAUGCUUCAACUGGCGUUUGAACCGAAAGCUCAAGCUCUGGCUUCCAGCCUGGCAGUGGAAUCUUCUGGCACGACAAGCAGUAGAGGAAUCGCCAUUUCGUCGUACAGACGGAGCAUGACGAGAAAGCGUAUUACGCCGCAGGAAAGCGCUCACAUCAUGUGCAGACAGGAAGAAGGAUAUAAUCGAUGACG